AUGGAAUGUAUGGAAGAAACGAUCAAAUUCAACGCCCUUCAUAUCGAUGAAAACAGCAUCGUCGCCGGUUCCUUCUUCGACAGGUUAGUCAAAGAAGAAGAAGACGAACAAGAACAGAGCGAAACAGGGGGGAACUAUGUGAUCCUCAACGAAGCUGAGAUAAGGCAACGCCAGGAAGAUGAUAUUUUAAGGGUUUCCACUGCACUUUCUGAGUCAAGAGCCGCCGCGAUCGUCUUGCUCCGACACUUUAACUGGAAUCUCAGUAAGCUGUUCGACAAUUGGUUUGACGACGAAGACCAAGUCCGAAACUUAGUUGGCCUCUACCGGACCCCGAUCGUACUUCGGUUCUUGUCCGAUCAUCCGAUUACUUGCGGAAUAUGCCUUGAAAUAUGCGACAAUAUUAGUAAUACUACAGCUUGGGCAUCUUGUGGUCACCCAUUUUGCAGGGACUGUUAUGGAGGUUACAUUUCGAAAUCGAUAAACGAUGAAGGACCGGGAUGUUUGUUUCUGAGGUGUCCUGACCCAUCCUGCGGCGCCGCCGUCGGUGAGGACAUGAUCGGAAUGUUGAUCAUCGACAACACCAUCAAAUUGAAAUACUCGCGGUACCUUUUGCGGUCUUAUGUGGAAGAUAGUUACAGGAAGAGGAAGAUCAAAUGGUGUCCUGCUCCAGGCUGCGAUUACGCCGUUGAUUUUUUCGACUUCAUCGGGAAUAAUUGUCGGACAGGUUUCGAUGUUUAUUGCCGAUGCUCCUUCAGUUUCUGCUGGAACUGUAACGAGGAAGCUCACAGGCCUGUGGAUUGUGAUACGGUGGCGAAAUGGAACAUGAAGAACAAGGACGAGUCUGAGAAUGCGAAUUGGAUUCUGGUCAAUACCAAGUCUUGUCCCCAAUGCAAGCGGCUGAUCGAGAAAGACCAUGGAUGUAAUCACAUGAGGUGUGCUGCUCCAUGCAGAUAUGAAUUUUGCUGGCAUUGUCUUGGUGAAUGGACCACAAAAUCAUUCCAUUCUUGCAACAAAUACUUACCAGAGGCUCCUGCUCCUGAAGCUGAUGAGAAUGACAUCAAAAGAAGAGAGAUGGUGAAGGCGUCUUUGCUCAAAUACACUCAUUACUAUAACCGUUGGGUAGCCAAUUUAAGAUCGAGGCAGAAAGCUGUGGAGGCCAUACGCCUAGUACAAGCUGAAUAUUUGGAUAGGCUUAGUCUCUUGUAUGGCCAAGAGAAGCCACUUCUGAGAUUCAUAACAGAGGCAUGGCAACAGAUUAUAAGAUGCAGACGAGUGCUUCAAUGGAGUUAUGCAUAUGGGUAUUACUUCCCUCAGCAUCAAUGGGCUAAAAAACAGUUUUUUGAGUACUUGCAGGGUGAGGCAGAGUUCAGCUUGGAAAGGCUUCAUUACUGUGCUGAGAAGGAGCUAGAGAAGUAUCUUGAUGGUGAAGGUUCUUCGGUUCAGGAAUUCAUGGACUAUCGUUUGAAGCUAGCUGAAUUGACCUCUGUAAUUGGGAACUACUUUAAGAACUUGGUUAGAGCUUUGGAAGAUGGUCUAACUGAGGUGGAGUCUAAUGGGACUUACUGGUCCUGUGAGCUAUGCAGCUUUAUGAAUUCCUUGGCCACCACUAGAUGCCAGAUGUGUCACAAUUUUCCAAUGACCAUCGACUUAUCAUAAUCUGUUUUUUUGGCAGGAGGAGCCAUGCAGUGCAUAGUGGGGGUCUAACUUUUAAAUAAUUGAGAGGCUACAUUAAUAUUUAUUGCUUGUGUUGCUUCUUUUAUAAUAGUUAUCUCUUUUUAACUUGUUUUAAGCCGAGGAAUUGUUAUGUCUACAUUCUCUUUCUUGUUUGUGUAUCUUUGUAUGUACGUUACUAGAAACAUUAUUACAUAUAUAUAUAUAUAUAUAUAUAUAUAUAUAUGCUGCUGAUGAUGAUUAUAUAUC